CCCUGAGUGCUGCCUUGGGAGACUCCUGGGAAACGGCUCAUAAGCAGCUUGGGGGCUGUAAAGUCCACAGAGCAGUGUCCAGGUUUUAGUUUACCAAAGUUGGUACUCCCCCCCCCGGUGGAGGGGGCCAGGGACUCUUGACGUCACUCAAGAGCAGAGAUAAAGGGGUGAAAUACAGCGGCCGAAGAGAGGAAAGUGAAAACUUCUCAGAGGCGUGCUGGAGAGAGAGCCUCUUCUGCUCAGGCCAGGGAGACACUGCUGAGGUGACAGGCACCCUUUCUUCCCAACAGCUCAGCCUUACGCCUCUUCCCCAUACAGAGCUCUGGGGGGAAGGAAAAACAAAAAGACUGAUUUGAGAUAUUGUCAGGAAAUUGCUGGAAAAUGCCACAGAACGUUAUCCUGCCAGGACCCGCGCCUUGGGGAUUCAGGCUGACAGGAGGAAUCGAUUUUAACCAGCCGUUAAUCAUAUCCAGGAUUACUCCAGGAAGCAAAGCUUCACAAGCCAAUUUGUGUCCUGGUGACAUCAUUAUAGCUAUUGAUGGCUACGGCACAGAGAACAUGACUCACAAUGAUGCACAAGAGAGAAUUAAAGCAGCAUCACAUCAGCUCUGUCUGAAAAUUGAGAGGGCAGAAACAAAAAUGUGGUCUCCGCAAAUAUCAGAAGAUGGCAGGCCUCAUCCAUUCAAAGUUAACUUGGAAGCAGAACCACAGGAAUUCAAGCCCAUUGGUGUAGCUCACAACAGAAGGGCCCAGCCUUUUGUUGCAGCAGCAAACCUUGAUGACAAAAGACAGGUGGUGAGCUCUGCCUAUAACUCUCCAAUUGGGCUGUAUUCAUCUGGCAAUAUACAUGAUGCUCUUCAUGGACAGCUGCGGGGUCUUAUCCCUAACUCAUCUGAAAAUGUUUGCAGUACUCCCUCUGGUAUUGAUGGCGGCAGCGGACGUAGCACACCCUCUUCAGUUAGCACUGUUAGCACUAUCUGUCCUACUGAACUGAAAGCUGCAGCUAAGAUGGCCCCCAACAUUCCCUUAGAAAUGGAUCUUCCUGGUGUCAAGAUUGUACAUGCUCAGUUUAACACACCUAUGCAGUUGUAUUCAGAUGACAAUAUUAUGGAAACACUGCAGGGACAGGUUUCUACAGCACUGGGGGAACCAACCCUGAUAAGUGACCCAGUACCAGCUGCAGUGCCCCAGUCUGAUGUUUACAGACUCCUACAUGAUGACCAGCAAGGACCGAGUCAGCCACGUCAGUCCGGUUCCUUUAAGAUUCUCCAAGACAUGGUCUCUGAUGAAUCUGACGGUCGGCCCACCGCUAUAAGGAGCGUAAAAGCACCAAUAACAAAGGUGUCUGCUAGUGGGGGAAGCGUGCCAAAAGUGCCCUUGUGUGACAAGUGUGGCAAUGGAAUUGUUGGUACAGUGGUGAAGGCGCGUGAUAAGCACAGGCACCCGGAAUGUUUCGUAUGCUCCGACUGCAACAUCAACCUGAAGCAGAAAGGCUACUUCUUUGUGGAGGGGCAAUUAUACUGUGAAGCUCAUGCACGAGCUCGCAUGAGGCCCCCAGAGGGAUAUGAAGCUGUCACUGUUUAUCCCAAGGCUUAACUGUUUGGAGACACAAAUACCUGCAUGCAUACAUAAGGCACUAUCAGCUUACAGCAGCAAUACAAUUGACUGCCUGAAUCCAGCAUUCUGCUUUUUAAAAAUGGGUAGGGGAACGGAAUGGAGAUGUUGAGUGAAGAAUUAUGUUUCUUGUAGCCCAUAUUGGAAUUAUUUCUCCAGAAAUUAUUGCUGUCACUGCCAGUGUAAUCUGAUGGGGCAUAAAUAUGAUCCUGUACACACUAUAUUAAGAGCUUUGCACCAGUCGAGUACUUGUAUAAUGCUUACAGUAAUCUACAGUGAGAGAACCAUUUCCCCCCCAGAUUUUCACAUUCAAUUUUUGCACAAGUAUCCUACAAAAAGGGACCUAGUCCACAGCUGUUCUAAGCACCCAAACCCUGAAAACAAAUCUUUAAGCUGAAGGCAUACACACUGUAUGAAGAAAGCUCACUGUGCUGUGCGUGUGAUGAGAGUUCUUUGGUACUGACAUCUGCCUCUAGCAUAGUUGGCAACUGGUAUGUGAGUUUUUAUCCCUCCCUGCUGGAUUACUGCUACUCCUGUCAUCAGCUUCUCCUCCAACUGUAAAACAAAGCACACUGGUGCUGUGUACCAGAGAUGGAUCUGGCAGUAGAGCAUUUAAUUUCCUAGCUAGAGGAGAAUAAAACAGCAGCAGUGACAGAGGCAGCAGGUGAGCAAACAAGGUGAGGUAAGGCUUGCCUAUCAGCAUUUGAUUCACUGGUAUGCUAGACAAACAUUAGUAUCAAAACAGCGCUAUCUUAAGAACUAAAUUAGCGUGUAUCUUCAGUCUUCAACCAUUAAACCAUUGUACUUAAAAAAACCCACCUUUUAUCAUUUAUAUCCAACAAUCAAACUAUUAUUCCCUAUGCUAGAGAUGAGGAACCUGUGGUCCUCCAGAAGUUGUUGGAGUUCAGUUUCCAUUAGCCCCAGCCAACAUGACCAAUGGUAAGGAAUGAUGGAAGUUGUAGUCUAGCAACAUCUGGAGGGCCAUAGGUUCUUCAUCUCUGACUGUGUCAUAGCAUAGGGUUUAACUUUCCACUACUUUUGAAAUGUGCUAACAUAUUACUUAUGAAACACAGUUUUUUCCUCAGAUUGAAAUGUAUCACUUCAGUCACAUAAAUUCAUUGUCUAUGCCCUCAUUGCUUUCCGUAGACUGAUCAUGACAAAUAAAAUAUAUGAAAAUGCCAUGAUCCAAAGAACCAUGGAAUUAGUUCCACAAGGAGGAUGGAAAUGCUGUUCUUGGAGAGCAGGCCUCCAAGCCUCAGGGCAAACGCUUAACUCUGAUCUAAUGAGAGAGAGAUCCAUGUGCACAUCUGAAUUCACAUUUGUAUGUUUCCUGAUGAUCAUCUGGGCCCCAUUGAACUGACUGGAUAAGUCUUUGCCUACUGAUGAGAAUGCACAUCCCCAUUACAGAUAAUAGUUGCAACUAGAGGUCGAUUGGGGAGUUUACUUGUGGUAUAUGAUGUGGGUCAAAGAAUUGUAGUAGUGUAUCUUUAAAAAAAAUCACACUGAACAUGUAAACUUUGGACAUGCUAAACAAGUUGUUCAGAUCACAGUCAAAGCAAUUUGAGAAUAUAAACUGUACUGAAUAGGGUUCCUCUACAAAUGCAAAUAAAUGGCUUUUUAAAAAACA